AUGCCAAACAGGCAAAGGACAGCAAAGCCUAUAAAAAGAAAUUGUUGUCAAGUAGCGUUUAGAGCAGUGCAUACAAGAGAUGGAACCUCUUACGUUGCGAAAGAAUUCGUGUCAAAACACAAUCAUGAGGCAGCUUCCAUUGCAGAAAUGAAUUUUCUAAGAUCCAACCGAGCUGUACCAUAUGGUGUAGUUGCCCAAGUGUUAUCUAUGUACAAGGUCAGAAUCAAGACUUACAAUAUAAUGUCACAUAUGGCAUUGCAAUAUAGAGGAUAUGAAAUUGUCUAUUUUCAAUUGAAAGAUGCUUACAACAAGGUUGUUGAACAAAGAAGAACAGAUUGUUUAGAAACUGGCGCGGGAGGUGCUCUUGGUUAUUUUGAUGCUGCCACAACAUCAGAUCUGUUCCUAUUCAUGGAUUAUCAAGUGGGUGAGGAAAAUAGGUUGUCAAAUAUAAUAUGGGCUGAUGGGAAGUCUAAGAGAGACUAUGCUGCCUUUGGUGACGUACUUGCUUUUGAUACAACCUAUAGAACUAACAAAUACAACAAACCCUUGAUUAUCCUACUUGGGAUCAAUAAUUACUUCGGCAGUUGCGUUUUUGGGUUUGGCCUACUACUUCAUGAGAAGCGAGACACAUUUCAUAGAUGUUGUCGAAGUUUCUCCAAUAUAUGGGGAAUAAGGCUCAUUCAGUUGUAG